AUGAUUGCACUGGGCAUCUUCGAUGCAUGUAAGUGCCAGUUCCAUGUGGAGAGCUGUUACAAGGUCAAUGCAGUGUCACUGGUGGAGGAGGAGAAGUCAGACCAAGACUUGUUGGCGGUUGCGAAGCAACUGAUAACAGAUAUGACGUCUCAUCUGGAAGGUGUUGUCAGAGAGAGGCUUUGGGGUUUGUUACAAAAACAUUCGAAGUGUUGGUUGCGGCCAAGGACAGGCAGAACACGGCAUAGCGUGGAGUUCGAAGUAGACGGGAAGCCGGUGAAGCAUACGUUGAAGCCGUUAAGACCAGAGUUACGAGAGGAACUAGAUAAGCAGAUAGACGACAUGUUGAGUAUGGGUGUGAUACAACCUAGUAAUUCCUCGUGGGGAGCAAGGCCGGUGUUUGUACGUAAGAAAACUGGUGAGUGGAGAAUCUGUAUCGACUACCGAGCGUUGAACAAGGGGAUGGCGUUGAAGGCCUACCCGAUACCAUUGCUGUGGGAGCAACUGCAGUUAGCGGCCGGUCACAAGUAUUAUGUGUGUCUAGACUGUAAUCAUGGCUUUUGGAAUGUAUCCCUGGGGGCAGAAAGCCGACAGUUUACUGCGUUUGUGUCGCAUAGGGGCACAUUCGAAUACACUGUGAUUCCGUUUGGUGUUAAGAACUCGCCGAUCCUGUUUCAGCAGGUGAUGGAUCGCGUCUUUGAAGGUCUCAUAGGGAACAAUGUCAACGUGUACAUUGACGAUAUUGUCGUGUACGCUGAUGAUUUGGAUACGUUGUUUGAGCGUCUGGACGAG